AUGGACGGGCCCGCCGCCGCCGCCGAGGCGCUCCUGGCCCCGCUCCGGCAGGCGGUGCGGCAGCAGGGAGAACUUGUCCGGAAGCUGAAGGAAGAGAAGGCUCCCCAGGUGGAUGUAGACAAAGCAGUUGCCGAAUUGAAGACUCGGAAGAGAAUCCUAGAAGCAAAGGAACUGUCUUUGCAGCCGAAGGAUGAUAUCGUGGACAGAGCUAAAAUGGAAGACACUCUGAAGCGAAGAUUUUUCUAUGAUCAGGCCUUUUCUAUUUAUGGAGGUGUGAGUGGCCUCUAUGAUUUCGGGCCCGUGGGUUGCGCUUUGAAGAACAACAUCGUUCAAGCCUGGAGGCAGCACUUCAUCCAGGAGGAGCAGAUCUUCGAGAUCGACUGCACCAUGCUCACGCCAGAGCCCGUGCUGAAGACUUCCGGCCAUGUAGACAAAUUUGCAGACUUCAUGGUGAAGGAUGUUGUCAAUGGGGAAUGUUUUCGAGCUGACCACCUCUUGAAAGCUCAUUUACAGAAGCUGAUGUCUGACAAGAAAUGCACAGCUGAGAAGAAGGCCGAAAUGGAGAGUGUGAUAACCCAGUUGGACAACUACGGCCAGCAAGAGCUCACGGAUCUGUUUGUGAAUUACAACGUGAAGUCCCCCAUUACAGGAAAUGACCUCAGCCCUCCCGUCUCCUUCAACCUGAUGUUCAAGACUUCCAUCGGUCCCGGAGGAAACAUGCCUGGCUAUCUGAGGCCGGAGACGGCACAAGGGAUCUUCUUGAACUUCAAGCGCCUGCUGGAGUUCAACCAAGGCAAACUGCCUUUUGCUGCUGCUCAGAUCGGGAACUCCUUCAGAAACGAGAUCUCACCUCGCUCGGGGCUCAUUCGAGUCAGAGAAUUCACUAUGGCGGAAAUUGAGCACUUCGUGGACCCCAGCGAAAAGCACCACCCCAAGUUCCAAAACGUAGCUGACCUCCAAAUCCUCCUGUACUCCUCCAAAGCCCAGACCAGCGGGCAGUCGGCUCAUGCUAUGCGCUUGGGGGAUGCCGUGGAGCAGCAAGUCCUUGACUGCCCUCUGCCUUCUGUUUUUGCCCAAAGCUAUCUGAGGCCGGAGACGGCACAAGGGAUCUUCUUGAACUUCAAGCGCCUGCUGGAGUUCAACCAAGGCAAACUGCCUUUUGCUGCUGCUCAGAUCGGGAACUCCUUCAGAAACGAGAUCUCACCUCGCUCGGGGCUCAUUCGAGUCAG